GCUCGCACUGCUUCUUUCGGUCAUGAGCAGUUGAAACUGGUGUGCUGCUCUCGACUGCCCCAAUUCUAAAAGCAGCUUGUAAACUUUAAGUAACAUUUACAUAAUUUCAAAACUUUUAAACUUCUUUCAUAAGUCAAUACAUUCCAUACGCUGUGCUAUACUGUAAAUUCUAAACGAAGUAUUUUUUUUAUGUAUAAAACGAAACUAGUGGAGGAAUAAUUCUGUUCUGUGCACCUGUCAUUGUUUACAAAAAUGCGCUGCUGAAUAGCAAGUGUUGCCAAAGUUUUGUAAAGUAGUUAUGGAGCUUUACUGUUGUGAAUCCGAAAAUGUUACCAGAGCUUAUGAAGACCCAGUGUUGAAUGAGGAUUCUAGAGUGUUUGAAAAUUUAUUAGUGAUAGAGGACCGCUACGUACUUUCCGCUAACUAUUUCAAAUGCACGCAAAGUGAUCUGAAACCAUACAUGAGGACUGUUGUCGCAGAAUGGAUGCAAGAGGUUUGCGAAGAAGAGCGAUGUCAAGACGAAGUCUUUCCACUAGCUGUAAACUGUUUAGAUAGGUUCCUUUUACUGGUCAGGGUGGAUAAAAGUCAGCUGCAACUCCUAGGUGCUGUUUGUCUUUUCCUGGCUUCCAAAUUGCGUCAGAGCAGGCCCCUGACCGCAGAAAGACUGUGUUUAUAUUCAGACCAUUCAAUCUCCGUUGUACAGUUAAUUAGUUGGGAAUUGUUGGUGCUCAAUACUUUAAAGUGGGACUUAGCUGCUAUUACACCUUUUGACUUCGUAGGACAUAUCCUAAAAAGGCUAGGCAUCAUGAAAGGUGAACAGCUCAUCAGGAGGCAUGCGCACACAUUCAUAGGACUUUGCACAACUGAGGUGAAAUUCUCAAUGUACCCUCCCUCCAUGAUUGCUGCCGCCAGUGUAGGGGCUGCCAUUCAAGGACUCUCAGCACGCCUCGAGCAUAAGUGGGCAUCAGCCAACGAUUUGGUGUUUAGGUUACAUGAAAUUACCGGCAUAGAGCCUGGAUGCUUACGGUCGUGCUGGGAGCAAAUUGAAGAAAUCAUAGUCAAUCGCCUAGCCGCAGCCACCCUACCAAUAACCUCCAAUGGGGCACUCCCAAUUACCAUGACAACCAGUCAUAAACUUGCAGAACAACAAAUGGAUCCUCAGGACUUAGUACAAGCAGAAACUCCUACUGAUGUCCAAGAUAUUUUGUACUAGAGAAGAAUAAAAUUAGCUAUCAGUAUUUUUUAUAUUGUUCCAAUUGACUCUGAACUGUUGAACGGCAAGGGACAAGUGAAAGGACAUGUUUUUUAUUGCUAGUCAUAUAGAACUGACUGAUUGAACGAUUGAGUCAAGGAGAUUGUGCUUGCCUGCUCAAGAGGCAAGGCAAAUAGCUGUGGUUGUUAUGUUUUUGAAUAAUGAGUGUUGCCACUGAUUUUUACUGAUGAUAUGGAAUGAAAUGCUAAAACUCCUCUGGUAUUUUGGAAUACUUUUUCAAAAUCCAGUUGCAUUCAAAAUUUGUUUUUGUUACGUUGGUGAUUUCAUAUAUGGUUAAAAAUGAAAUUCAAGCUAGCUUUGAUGCUGUGUUAUGAGUGAUUUCUGAAUGAUCAGGUGUCAGUAAGUAAGAAUGGACUGAAUGUUAUGUUUUCAUAUCAGAUAAACUUUCCUAAUCAAAAUGUAAGAAUCAGUGGUUAGUAUUGUAUAAAUAAUUUAGGUUAGAUGUGCAUUCCAUUUAAUAAUGGAGUGUUUUUGUAUUCCAUUCUUCAGUGGACCAAACAGGGAUGCUUACAAGAAUAGCUGUGUGUGCAUGUUAGAAAAUUUGUGUGACAAUCAUUACUGUUAAUUUAAAAAGGGGAUAAAUUAAGUAAUUAAAAAGAUAAAAAAAAAGGAUUUGUUAUGUACAUAGAUAUCAGCAUUUAUUAUCAAUGCAGUUUUUAUAUCAGUCUAUUUUUACUCUUUUUAUAGUUACCUGGAAAGGUUAUUUUUUCAAAUAAAUUUGUUACAAACUUUUUUAUACCUAUGAAGUACUUCUGUAAACCUCAGCAUAGUUUUAUUAUGCUGUCUGCAUUUAAGAGGGACCAUUUUUAAAAUUAAUGGUUGCUCAUAGUGUGUUCUAUUUUUUAAAGCCGUUUUCAACACUUGUUAUACCAGUGCAUUAUAAGAAAGUUACCUGCAUUUUUAUAAGACAAUGCGUACAAAUAUGUUUGCCAUAUCACUUCAUUUUCCAAAACAUUUUCAUCAGUUAUCAUAUUGCCAUUUUGAAAUUUUUAACAUUUUUGCUUUUGCGUGAGGCCAUUUUAAACUCUGCUCAUACUAAUCCUGCUUUCAUCUCUGUUUUUUUUAAUUAAUUUUUUUUUUCAAAUAGGGAGUUAGGAAAAAAAAAGUAUAUCAUUUAUUUAUAGUAAUUAAAUUUCUUCUUAAACUAAGAUUUCCCCUUCCCAAUAUUUAAAAUAUUGCUGCCCUACUUUUUAGAAGUGUAAGACUGAUUUUAAAAAUAAGAAACUCACACAAUUUUCUGUUAUUUCUAGUCUUAAAUACUUUUUUUUUUACUGUGUUAAUGUGUGAACGAAACAGAUAAUAAAUGUACUAAUGAAGACUGAUCUUUAUUAGUUUAUAAAAUCUUUACCAACCACUUUUAUAUUUUGUGACAAUCAUUUUAAGAUAUUAUUUGUAGUACGGAAAAAGACCAAUUAUUUUAUAAAGAGGAAACAUAAAGCUCUACUUUUGUUACUUUGUUUUGGGGAUUGCUAAAUGCAAUAAUUUUAGGUGUAUGAUUGAACGCGUGUGCCUUUUAUAUAAAAUACGUAAAAGCAGUGGACAUUUAUCUGUUCUCUCUCCCUAGAUAGACAUACAAAAGAGGUUGUAAAGUUAUCAAAUUCAGGGAAUAAAACAGUUCCUACCUCUGACUGUAUCUUGAAAUAUUUUUGUAUCUUAUGUAAUAUGUACAGAUGUAAGUGGUGCUCAAAAAUUUGCAUCUUCUUUCUUCCCAUUCUUUUCACAAUUCUCAUAAAAAAUAUAUCAGUUACAUGUUUGUUGUCAUCAGUUAAGCAACGGGCAUUAUAAAUUGUUGCUGUUUGAUAUAUAAAAAAAAAGUGAUAAUUAGGUCAGUGUGAUUAAUCAUCCAUUUUUACUCAAAAGUUGUUAUAAAUUCACUUUUUACAACUACACUGUUAAAAUAAAAGAAUGUUUCACUGUUAUUAAUGGUCACCAAAACUAAGUUCUUGUAAAAUAAUUGACUGUAUUUAUUGUUAAAGAAAUUUUUGAAGUAUAAUUUAUCAUAAUCUAGUGCAAAUUGAAGUUUGUUUUGCAAAAAUUCUGAAUGUUGUUGAUUUAUUGUUUAAUCAAUAUUCUUAAUUUUUUCCCCCCAUUCAUGAAGUAUUGUAUUUUUUGUUUCAUUUUGUUAUAAGAUUUUCUUUUCGUCAUUAGCAAGAUUUAUUUCUUUAUAAACAGAAUUGCAAUAAAUAUAAUAAUUGAAUUGUACUGAAAUAUUCUACCUCAAUGUAUGAAAAAAGACUGUUUGAAUACAAUUAUUUUUAUUGCAAAAUUUUCAGUAUAAAUUUUAUUAGAUGUUUUUUUAGUAUUUUAUGAAUAAUUAAAGGCCCAAAUUUAAGGUAAUAUUGUUCGUUGAUGCUGUUUGUAAUUUAUUAUGUAUUUCUGGAAAAAUAAUUAAUAAUAUGCAAAAAAGGAUAUCUUAAUAUGUCGUACAAGAUAUCAAUAUUCAAAUGAAAAACAUUUCAAGUGUUGCAAUAUGCCUGAAAUGUUUAUUACAUUUUAUCAUUUGAAGUAUCAAUACUGGCAAUAUUGUUGUUGUUUAUAUAAUGUCAUGUAUUAGUUAUAUAUUGGUAUGCUUGUGUGGACAUCAGUCGGAAAAAACUGGUAUCUGUUAUCUGAAGUUUACAAGACUUUUCUAAGUGCAAAUAAAAAAAAUCCAUAAA